UAAUACCUGCUGGGCAUUGCUGCCUGUCGCACCUCCUCCGGUGCCCAUGGGUCAGCGAGAGAAAAUAAGACUUGUGACACAAACAUCUUUAUUGUAGGCCUAUCAAUUAAUAGGCAAACAUCGGAAAUACACAUUCAUAAACUACUUGAUGCAUACACAGGAGGUGCCUUCCUCAACCACCUUCGCAGGUAGCUGUAGCCUUACGCCAGAAGCAGAUGUCAUCAGGUGGUGUCCAACCCUCUCUGGGUGUUUCGGCCCUGAACCACAACACCCGCUCCAGCUGGUGGGCCCGCAGUGAGGGGCCAGUCUCACUGCCCAUCUGCUCCUGGCGUACAGCUUUGCUCCUCUCUCUUACACCAAUAAUACAUACAUUCCAUACAUUGAUAAGCAUAAAAAAGGAUAAAAUAAAUAUAUAGCCUAUAUUAUAUAUUUUACAGUGUCGAUGUACGGAACCCGGCACAACGAGAUGGUCGUCAGAGUUGCUGGCUCAGCUAACAAGAAGCUCAUAUGAGCCUGAUUAAUGACAACAUAGGAGGUUGCUUCGAACAGAUGUCAGUGCCAUCUUGACAAAACAUUUUGGCAAUCCUGCAAACAAGCACAUUCGCUGAGUACAUUGUGUUUCGGUGUGGAGAGGACACCAAGGAGUUGGUGGAGUGUGGCCCACACAUGAACACAGCCUGAGGACAUGCCUCAUUCAUCACAUUGAAAUGAAAUUAAAUUACAAUCUGCUAUCGCAAAACUUGUCUUAGGCAAUAAUUGACCGCAGGCUAUAAUUUCAGAGAGUGACAAAGUAUAUGCAGGGGGGAUCAGCUGGCUUUGAUCAUGUCCACAUGGCAUCUCUCAACCCCACCCAGAACACAGACUGGAGCAACACUAUAUUCUAGAACAGACAUGUCUAGAACAGAUGACCAGUCCUCAUUGCUGUAGUUUUUCAUAUGGACAGCCUGUUCUUUGCCUAUACUAUGCACAGCAAGGCACCACUGUAGCCCACUAGAAUGAAAACACACGUCAUUGAAGACAAACUUCCAUGCUUUCCCUAUUUAUUGGCUGUUUAUUGAAACACUAAGAUCAGUGUUUUUGCUGCUUUCCAGCAAAUGGAAGCAAUUUCCUGUAGGUUUCAGUUACAGGAUUUUUCCAGUUUUCACAUUUAUGGGUUGAACCACUGGCCUGUCCUUAUUCAUUAGCCUAUAAUCUUUUGAAAAGUUAAAGUUUUGAUAGCAGACGUUUUAACAAGGCCCUGCAGUAGGGCUUUUAGAAUGAUACAUUUUCAGCUGAAGAUGACCCAGAGCUGUUAAGCAUGAAUAACUACAAAAUACUCGAAAGUUACGAAAGUUUCACAUUCCACUUCAUCACACACAGUUGGGCGAGCAACGAUGUCCAGACGGCUUCCUGCAGAAUGCUGGAUAGAUAGACCUUUGACGAAAGUGCUGAAUUUGGAAUAACUAGCCUUUUUUGACGCACUAUUGCCUCCGGUAAGGACCUUACAGAUGCAAUACUAUCGAUCUACACUUAAAAUCGCCAAGACGCAAGUAUACAUACCAAGGACAACCUGUUACUGCGUUUAUGAGAAGUUGUCCGUGCCUGAAAAGAACACGCCCCGCGCAGUCUAUCGAAUUACACAGGAUAAAAUCAGCACAACCGACAGGGAACGUCAAAGGGGGAUAUUGUAACAUCACCAGACAGUGGACAGUGAUCCGUUUCUACUUUUUUUGUGGCAACAUUGUAUCAAUUAGAAAGCUACUUUUUUUGAGAGACGACUAAAAUCAAAACAAGACGCCUUCCGCUCGGUUUGUUUUUGUUAGGACUCAUCAUCUGCAGGACUUAAAAAUUCUUUCGGAUGCCUUUACUGACCGAUGAUUCAGAUUGAAAGGGCAAAAUCCAGGUAAUUAACAUUUACAGAAGUCAACAACUCACGGUGCAAUGAUGGAUCAAGAUUAUGAAAAGCACGACUAUGGAAACUACUCAUAUGAUUACCUAGAGUAUGGCGACUUUGAGGACGACAAAGGAGGUUACAAGCAGAAAGAGACGCUGCACAUCAUUUCAGUGGUGAUUUAUAGCCUAUCCUUUAUACUGGGCGUCUCUGGCAACGGGAUCGUGAUAUGGGUGACGGGAUUCAAAACCAAGCGGACGGUCAACAGCCUGUGGCUCCUGAACCUGGCCGUGGCUGAUUUUGUCUUUGUGCUGUUCUUACCCGUGUCCAUUGACUACGUCCUGAGGGACUUCCAUUGGCACUUUGGGCAGGUCAUGUGCAAACUGAACUCGUUUGUGGCCAUGAUCAACAUGUACGCCAGCGUCUUCUUCCUGACGGUGCUCAGCAUCGACCGCUACGUCUCGCUGGCGCACCUCAACUGGUGCCGGAUCCACCGCAAGGUGAGCCGCGCCAGGUGGCUGUGCGUGGCCGUGUGGCUGCUCUCGGCCUCCCUCAGCUACCCGGCUCUGGUGUUCCGAGACACCAUGGAAUACAACGGCCGAGUGCUGUGCUUCAACAACUUCCACGCCACGUCGGAGGGGGCGGCCAAAAGACACAUCGCCAUGGUGAUCCAGCGCACCAUCGUGGGCUUCCUGCUCCCCUUCGCCGCCAUCUGCGUCAGCGGCGUCCUGCUCACCGUCCGAGUGCGCCAGUCCAGGGCCACGCACGUGUCCCGUUUCUCCAAGACGGUGUCCGUGGUCAUCCUGGCGUUCUUCGUGUGCUGGGUGCCGUUCCACGCCUUCAGCCUCAUGGAGUUGUCCAUGCACCAUUCGCUGGUGCUGCACAGGGUGCUGCAGACCGGCUUCCCAUUGGCCACCAGCCUGGCCUUCUUCAACAGCUGCAUCAACCCCGUGCUUUACGUGCUGGUCAGCAAGAAGGUCAGGGACCUAUUGAAGCGCUCCUGCCUGGACAUCACAAAGAACUCCCUGCGAGAGCUCAGCCAGUCCAUCUCAGCCACCAAGUCGGUCUCCCUGCCGCCACAACCACCACCCAACAACAACACCAACUGCCAACAAGAGGAGCCCUUGGCGUUGUCGGUUGUAUGA